UCCAUGGGGUAACUUUCCAAACUGUCGACAAUCCAGAUUUGGGGAAGUGUCAGACAUGUUGUGGCUGUUGAACAGACAGAUAAUGGCUGCUGUGGGGACAGAUGUGUUCGCGAACUCGUCGCUCUCUGUGAAAUGACGCUGUCACCAUGCUCCCCGCUGUCCUGUGCCUUUUAGCUGUCGUCCAAGUGCUGUCUGAGGCGCCACCAGCACCGCCCCAGAACAUCCAUGUUGAUAACUGGCUGCUGACGUGGACUCCUGCCACUGAGGAGGAAGAUAUUACCUACACUGUUCAGUACCGCAGCUUUGACAGCCGCGUGUGGGCAGAUGUGCUGGCCUGCGUCCAUAUAUCUUUAAAUUCCUGUGAUGUCAGCUCCACUAAAGCCUUUGGCGAGCACGGCUGUGUUAUGCUGCGUGUGCGAGCAGAGAAAGGACGCAGGCUGACCUCCACACCAGUCAAAGCCUGCAGCAGACAUGGUGACUCCUGUACUCCUGACUUCAGUCUGACUACAGGGCCUGGCUCGUUGACUGUACAUUUGAGCACCAACAACAGUUUAACUCUGGAACAUGGAGACCAUGCAAAACACAGGGUUUACCACGGCAAGGAAGGAGAGCCCCUGCAGUCGUAUAAAGAUGCUGUGGCCUCAGUGACCCUCCGUGAGCUGCAGGAGGGACGGCGGUACUGUACAAAGGUGCAGUUUAUCUACUUCGAUAAGCCCGUCGGAUUGGCCAGCUGUACACAGUGUGAGCUCAUCCCAGAGUCAAAAAAAGACUUCAAAGUAAUAGAGACGGUAGUGGCUGUGGUGCUUGUCGUCGUCCUCCUGCUCGGUGUGUCCAUGGCGUACAUCUUCAUCUUCCAACGAGGGAAAAUCAAACGGUGGCUGCGACCUCCGUGCAAGAUCCCUGACGAUUUCCUGCUCAAGCCCUUUCCAGAGCACCACCUCUCCACCCCCACCAGCAGCCCCACUCAGGAGCACUAUGACGUCAUUUCCUGCAUUUCCCCGAAGGAGUCCAUGGAAUGAAAGGAGCAUCUCCUUCACUACACCUCCUCUCUGUGGCUUCCCCAUUCUGCUGCUGUGAGACCACAACUGUCCACUGAGCCGUCCAGAGACACUCUGCAACCUGCCGUCCCGACUCUUCUCCCCUUACACUGUGCUGAGACGGAUUUAGACUCACGAUAAGUGGCAACUUUUAAGUCAGAACUUAACUGCUGAGAAGAGGAAGUCUAAAUGGAUGUAGAUUUAGUUUUCAGUGAAAACACUCAAGCACUCUCCAGACCACUCGAGCUAAUAAGCUCCACAGCGAGUUAUUAUCCCCACUUGCAUUUUAAAAUGGCUGCCAGGGUUCCUGGAAAUGGCAGUCAUAGCAAAAACUGAGGUGAAAAGUUAAGACAUUUUUUGUGUGUGCGGAGGCCACAGUGAACAUACAUGAGCUGGUAAGAGACAGUUAAUCCCACAGAAAGACAGCAGUCCCACAGAGCAGCCUCACUCCACCUACUCCUCUGUUUGACACUAGAUUUAGGAAAGAUCCCCACAGGUCUUAAAAUGAUGAAAUAGUGUCUUAAUGUUUGUAAGUGAUAUUUUUGCUCAUUAGAAAGUGUAUCACUCACAUUUCUACGCACUUUUAUAACAUUAGGCGGGUUUCCAUUACAGAUUUGUGCAAAACUAAAGCAAUAGUUGUGUGAGUUGCGAGUUAUGGAGCGAUAAUGGAAAGGCGAGUUCCUCAUACGUGGGAAGGGUCACGUAAGAGGGAUUUGGGAGGUGAUGAUCCACCCAACUUUUGAAGAGUUAUGUGAUGUGAUAACACCUCUCGUAGCUCCUGCUGCAUCAUGAGGGAGCCAGCUCAU